AUGGGCGCAGGAGAGAACACGACUUCGGUGGUCACCACUUUUACGGUUAGCCGAAUGGAUCCCUCGGAUGUUUUAAACCUUGCCAGCGAAUUUGUCAUACAGUAUUACACAGUGAUGCGGAAAUGCCCUUCCGGACUGCACCGUUUCUACAAGGACGACUCUGCCAUGAUACAUGAAAACUCAACUGUCUUUGGUCAAAAAUUGAUCCAUGACAAGAUUAUGAGCAUGGAUUUUCAAAAUUCUCGGGUUGGUAUUCUUCGGUUGGAUGCCCUUCGUGCGAACGGCAACAGUGUGCUUAUUCAGGUAUGUCAAUUGUUUUCAUGGCCGUAUCUUCAGGUCUCUGGCGAAAUCAGUGUAGGUGGUGGCGAUUUCCGCAGAUUCAUGCAGAGUUUCGUGCUAUGUGAACAAGCGCCUUGCGACUUUUACGUACUGAACGAUAUUUUCCGUUAUCAGGACCAUGUGUAUGGUGACGUUAAAACGGUCGAGAAUUCAGAACAAAGGCUUGCUGAACCUGAACACUUAGUAGGAUUAUCGUCUGAAGACGUCAGCCGUUUACAGAGUAGUCGCGUAGAACCUGAGGUAAGGUCGUCCCUUGGAAUCUCAAGACAGCAGGGCGUCGUCACUUGGGACAAUUCAACUGCAGCGGAUCUGUCGUACGUGAAAAGUGAAGGCGCCAUUGAAUCACAUGGUGGUAGCCACAUUGAGGUCCGAGAACCAGAGGCACCUCAUGAGAAACAUAUUCCAAUGCGUUCGCCUCCUAGCCCACAUAACGUAGGCUCAGAUUUGCCCGAUGAGGCCCUACAUACUCCUCCGGCUGCACCCCAGCCCUGCACGUGGGCACAAAUGGCGUCGAAACAGCCUGCGCAUGCUGUGAUGAAUGUGCAAACUUCGAAGUUUUCGAAGGUGGCCUCACAUGGAACAGUUCACCCAAGUUUCGAUGAGUCCUCCAAAAUAAAUCGUCAGGCAUCUAUUGGCGGCGCUACUGCCAUGACCCAAAGGCCUAGAGGCGCUGGUGGGCGUUCUCAGCCGAUACCGGACGGGCGCGCUGCUUCAGGGGACCAUGGCUUCCAACAGGAUAAUCGCCCUUCUGGUCAAGGUCCAAUGCGCGCGAGCACUGGUCGUGGUGGUUCUACGGGGAUGCGUGGUGGUGGUCGAGGUGGUCGUGGAGGAUUUGGCCACCCUUCUCUUGGUGGACGUGGCACUAGUGCCCCUUUUCCUCGCCGUGGUCAAUAAACCGUCGUUCUUGCAAUCGGUCACUAGAAGAUCACAAAACUCGCAUUCGGUGUCGUUCUCUCCGCCCAUCUUGGAUCAAGGACUGGCCUUACCUUCCCCAGUUCCCACACAAUUGUGUGCAUGCAUCAGACCUCUUCCUUUGUUCUUUACUUAGAACAGUCUUGUUAUUGGGUCACCUUGGUGGGUUCCUGUAUGAAAUCCAGGUCCUUUUUCGUUCGCUCGUUCGCUCUUCCCACAUUCAUCGAGAGAUGUGAUUUUUGCUGGAUUUAACCUAAAAGUGUCAAGCGUUGCUUUUUUCAAGUUCUUAUUGCCGGCACCCUGGGAUAGUGUGGCUGCAUGCUUCGGAUCACCAAGUAGAUAGGCCGCCCAGUAUGAUACUUGGUGUGCACCAUCACGCCCCUUGGUUCAAACGGCCAUGAACCUCCGACUCUCAUCCAUGAACGGCUCAAUGAGGACCUAUUGUAAGCUUUGUGUUAUUGUUGCCUCCCGCUUUUUUCAUUCUCACUUGAUUCUUCAAUAAUGGGGCCUGCCUCUAUAUGUUUAUCAUUUACGUAGCUAAAGCUCAAUUUGACUGCUUCACCGACCGGGAUGAGUAUUAGCGUCUGUUGCCCGACUAACAUUCCUCUGUACGUGAAUUUACCCUCUAUUCCUGCUUGUUAAUGCGCCUAUCUAAAAGAACCAACUAGUUCCCGUUGUUUGUGGAGCCUUAAAAGGUAACCACUGUUCUCGGUUUUCACUUCAUCUCAGAAUACAACGCUUUCGAAGAUGGGGGU